AUGAACAAACAAAAAAUACGAAACACUACCAAAGGCAGAAGCGACAACAUAGUAUCUGAGGAGUCAGUUGAAACUGUAGCAGGUUCAGGCAGCCAAGAAGCACACAUAAAUAAUGAGCAACAUGCAACAGUUUAUGAACCAACAAUCACAAAUACAACGCGAAUGGAACACUCAACUCAUGGAAACAAUCAAUCAAAAACUCACAUAGCAAGAACAAACUAG